AUGGAGUCCAUCAACUUCGACAUCAACGAUGCGCUCAAGCACUACAUGAGCGAUCCGGCUGCCAUAGCUACUCCAGAGGCAGAUGCCGCGCUGGUAGACUGCGAGUCCGAUCCAGAUGCACUGAGCAACAUCGCUCUCAUAAAUCCAGUGCUCAACCCUCUGGUUGACGCACUUGCGGAGAGCCCAGACGCGAUCAUGCGCAGCUCAUAUUUCGACUCUCUGCAGUUUCUUCUCAAGUACUCAGCGUUCCUGCCUGUUCACGCUGUGAGCAAGAUCUUCGACCUUGUCAUGAGUGGUCUUGCCGCUGAGGCCGAUGCUAUAAAUAACGACCUCGAAAGCCCCGAUGAGCAAGACAUCAUCGCACACCACAAGACCCUCCUCGAAAUCUACGGCUAUUUAUUACAAUGGACGAUAGCCUGUGUCGAAGCCAAGGCGGCAGAAAAAACGACUGCCGCACCUGUCUCACGAGCCAGGGGCAAGGGCGCGAAGUCAAAGGCUGCGGGCAAGGACGCCAACUGGGACAGCGCAGCGCAACUGCAGGCCGCUCUGGAUGUCAUGGCCAAAGUUCUUAAGCUCAAGCUUUCCAAGAUUUUUGUCACAACGAGUGAGCGCGACACAUUCAUCGGCCUCCUGACAAGGCCAGUAUAUAUGGUUCUGGAGAGCGAGCAGAGGGUCAAGACGACCUCGAUCAGAAUGCAUGCGUUUAAGUUGCUGUGCAUUGCGGUCAAGCACCACGGCCAUGGUUAUGCUGCACAAAUCAAUAUUGUGCAGAACCUUACCUACUUCGAACAUCUCUCAGAGCCCAUGGCUGAGUUUCUGCAUAUCCUCGCCGAACAGUACGACUACCCACAGCUGGCAGACGAAAUUCUGCGUGAGUUGAGCAAUAAGGAAUUCAACACCAACGACACGAAAGGCCCCAAGUCGGUCUCGUCCUUCAUUGUCAAGCUGUCGGAGCUCGCGCCAAGAGUUGUCAUCAAGCAGAUGACCAUGCUUGCGAAGCAGCUCGAUAGCGAGUCUUACACGCUGCGGUGCGCGCUCAUCGAAGUCUGUGGCAACAUGCUUGCGCAUUUGAGCAACCAGGAAGAACGAAGCGAGAACCACAAAUCCCAGCUCAACGCGUUCUUUGAUGUGCUUGAGGAGCGCUUCCUCGAUAUCAACCCGUACUGCAGAAGUCGUACGAUCCAGGUUUUUGUCAAGCUGUGCGACCUGGAGCAGAAGUUCCCCAAGCGACGCCAAAAGGCCGCUGAGUUGGCUUCACGGAGUCUUGAGGACAAGAGCAGCUACGUGAGAAGAAACGCUGUCAAGCUUCUCGGUGCCUUGGUGAAGACGCACCCCUUCACUGUAUUGCACGGCGCUCAGCUCUCCCGCAAGGACUGGCAGGAGAGGUUGGACAAGGUGGACACAGAGCUCAAUGCCCUGCAGCCGCCUGCCGGCGAAGCUGGACUGGCCGAGAAGGACCCCAAUGAGACUGCGAACCUGAUAGACGAGCCCACACAGAUCGAAUCGCCACAGAAGCCGCAAGACAUGUCGGAAGAGGAAAAGGCAGCGAUCGUCCGCAAAGCGCAAGAGGAUGCCGCCACCUCGGAGGCGAUUGAGAAGCUGACCCUGACGAAGCGCUACUACACGGAUGCGCUAAAGUUCAUCCAAGUGCUGCAUGACUCGAAUGCGACCGUGUGCCAGCUACUCGGUGCGAAGAACAAGUCCGAGGUGAUCGAGGCCAUGGAUUAUCUUGAGAUUGCCAAUGCCUACAACCUGGAGGACAACAUGGUUGGCAUUCGCCGCAUGUUGCGCCUCAUCUGGACCAAGGGCAACAGCGACGAGGGCAAGGGCGUGCAGUCGCAUCUGAUUGACUGCUACAAGCGCUUGUUCUUUGAGGCUCCAGACCUGUUCAGCCCCAGCGAUGCGGCCAGUUACAUUGCUCGCAACAUGAUCAGUCUGACAUCCGGCACGACACCUGCCGAGUUGACCAGUCUUGAGCAGCUGCUAGCGACGAUGAUGAAGGGUGGCAUGAUCUCAGACCGCGUCGUCAGCAAGCUCUGGGAGGUAUACGGCUACCAGAAACGCGAUAUUUCUCGCACCCAAAGGAGAGGCGCCAUCAUUGUGCUCGGCAUGCUUGCGACAGCUUCGCCCGAGAUUGUCGUGGACGAGAUGGAGACCAUGCUGAAGAUUGGACUGGGCGCACUGGGCAGAUCUGACCUGCAGCUUUCAAAGUACACUUGCAUAGCUUUGCGCCGUCUCAACCCCACGGGCAGGCAGGCCAAGGAGUCGAACGUCAAGUUUAGCCGCCUGCCGAGUGACCACGCGGUUCUUCGCAAGCUUGCUGCAAUCACCGAAGUCGAGAGCGACAGCAAAGAAUGGUUCGGUGUCGCAGAGCAGGCCAUCAAUGCGAUAUAUGCGCUGGCCAAGCAUCCUGAUACUCUGUGCUCAGAGAUCAUCCGGAGGAGGACUAAGACUGUCUUUGCCAGCCAGAAGCCGCUCUCCAGGCCGAUGUCCCGAGACACCGACAUCACGACGUCUACAAACAUGACGCAAGGCAUGACGCAAACGAUGGCCUUGGAUAAUCCUACCCAGACGAUUCAGGGUCUGGAAGAAACGCCGGUGAAGCCGAAACAAAAGCCGGCGAUCGCGUUGUCGCAGCUCCUCUUCAUUGUUGGCCACGUCGCUAUCAAACAGAUUGUCCAUCUGGAACUGUGCGAGCUUGACUUCAAGCGCAGGAAACAAGAGAAGGAGAAGGAGGCGGCAGCAUCCAAGGCCGACGAGAGCAGAGCCUCCACUGGCACGCGCAAGAGCAAGACACCGGCUCCGGCGGCUGAGGAGGAGGGCGAUGAGCUCGACCUCAUUGGCGGCACGACUGAGGACGACUUCACCGAGGCCAUGGCGCACAUUCGGGAGCGGGAACUGCUGUUCGGUCCACAGUCGCUGCUGUCGAACUUUGGGCCUCUGGUUGCCGAAGUCUGCUCUCGGAGUGACAUCUACAAGGACAAAGGCCUGCAGGCAGCUGCCACUCUGGCCCUCGCCAAGCUCAUGUGCGUGAGCAGUGAGUACUGUGAGGCUCACCUACCGCUCCUGAUCACAAUCAUGGAGAGAUCACCCGACCCGACUGUGCGGUCUAACGUCGUCAUUGCCCUCGGCGACAUGGCUGUCUGCUUCAACCACUUGAUUGAUGAGAAUACCGACUUCUUGUAUCGCCGCCUGGCAGAUACGGAUCUCUCCGUGAAGCGGACAUGCCUGAUGACGCUGACGUUCCUCAUUUUGGCUGGACAGGUCAAGGUCAAGGGCCAGCUUGGAGAGAUGGCCAAGUGCCUCGAGGACGAGGACAAGCGCAUCGCGGACCUGGCACGCAUGUUCUUCAGCGAGCUCAGCACCAAGGACAAUGCAGUGUACAACCACUUUGUCGACAUGUUCAGUCUGCUCUCUGCAGGCGAGAUGGAAGAGGAGCCGUUCAAGCGCAUUAUCAAGUUCCUGCUUGGCUUUGUGGAGAAGGACAAGCACGCCCGGCAGCUGGCCGACAAGCUGGCGGCUCGCCUGCAGCGCUGCGACACGGAGCGGCAGUGGAACGAUGUUGCUUUUGCUCUGGGGCAGCUGCAGCACAAGAACGAGGAGAUUGCCAAGGUGCUGGGCGAGGGUUUCAAGGUUGUGCAGGCGCCAGCGUGA